CUCCGUACAGACAGCACCCGUCCUCAGGAUCGAACCCGUGUCUCCAUCGCUGCAUUCGCUGUAAGGCAGCAACUCUACCGCGGCGCCGCCGUGACGGUCCAUGUGACCGCCCAUAUUCAGCAGCUCCACGUCAGUGAAAACAUUUUGAACCAGGAAGUGGAGAUAAAAUGGCUGCAAAAGACCAGGUCGAGAGUUUGACCGAGGAGGCAGUUUGUCCCAUCUGCCUGGAUUUCUUCACCGAUCCGGUUACACUGGAGUGUGGGCACAACUUCUGCCGCUCCUGUAUCACACAGAGUUGGGACAGGGAGGGGAAAAACUCCUGCCCGGAAUGUAGAGAGGAAUUUACAGACCGCACCCUCAGGGUGAAUCGGGCCUUGGUUAGACUGUCUGAGAAAGCUCGAGCACUGAGCCUGAAUCAGACAGAGAAGGAAAGUAAACUUCAGUGCGAGAAACAUCAGGAAGAACUGAAGCUGUUUUGUGAAACGGACAAGACGCUGAUCUGUGUGAUCUGUCGAGAUGGGCGGGAACACAAGUCUCACAACUUCAGACCGAUAGAUGAAGCUGUUGAAAUCUACAAGGAUCAGGUGAAAUCUUCCUUCCAAUCGCUCACAAAAAAGAAAUCCGAGAUCGAGCAAAUGGAGCAGCAACAGAAAGAGAAGAUUUCUGUUGUUCUGGAACAGUCACACAACCUUCAGUCACAGAUCACAUCCCAGUUUGCUGAACUGCACCAGAUUUUCACUGAGAAAGAGCGGCGUGUACUCGCAGAUAUCCGGGAAGAAGAGGAGAAAAUUCGGAACGCAAUGGAGAAAAGGCUUCAAGAGAUUCAAGCAAAUUUAAAUUCCAUCCAAAAGGAACUCUCAACGUUGCAGGAACAGAUGGAUCAAAAAGACAACGGGAUAUUUCUGAAGGAGGCAGCUGGUCGGAGAAGGAGGGUCAGUGAUGAGUUCGUACAUU